AUGGAAUCAAGACAGGCUCCAGAGAUGCCGGGCAUUCGGCAAUCAGCUAAUGUCUCAAACGACCUCAAAAUGAUACUUUGCAAGCUUUUAAAUUCGCCAAAACCUGCUAAGACAUUCCCUGGAUCGCAACCGGUUUCCUUCAAUCAUGCCGAUAUUGAAGAAAAGCUACUGUUAAAUGACUACUACGUUUGUGAGAAAACAGACGGUCUACGAGCUCUAAUGCUGGUUGUAGUUAAUCCAAUAACUAAGGAACAAGGGUGUUUCUUAGUAGAUAGAGAGAACAAUUACUAUUGGGUGAAUGGAUUCCGAUUUCCAAAAUUACCUAGAUCUAAUAAGAAAGAAUUGCUUGAAACCCUUCAAGAUGGUACUCUAGUUGAUGGAGAACUUGUUGUGCAGUCUAAUCCGAUGACUAAGAUGAAGGAGCUUCGGUUUCUGAUGUUUGAUUGUUUGGCUAUUAACGGACGCUCACUGACACAAUCACCUACAAGCUCGAGAUUGGCACACUUGGGUAAAGAGUUUUAUAAACCAUACUACGAUCUUCGUUCUGUUUAUCCAGAGCAGUGCUCUACGUUCCCUUUCAAGCUUUCUAUGAAGCAUAUGAAUUUUAGCUAUGAUUUGAAGAAGGUAGCGGCGUCCCUUGACAACUUGCCUCAUGUUUCAGAUGGACUUAUAUUUACUCCCGUUAACCACUCGUAUAGCAUUGGUGGUAAGGAUUCAUAUUUAUUAAAGUGGAAACCAGAAGAUGAGAAUACGGUUGAUUUUAAAAUGAUUCUUGAGAUUCCUUUAGCGGAGGAUGAAAGCUUUCAGAAGAAGGACAAAAAUCGGUUUUAUUACAAUUACGAAGCGAAACCAUUGUUCCAUCUCUAUGUUUGGCAAGGUGGGCCAGAUAUUAAUAACAGGCUGCAUGAUGUAGAACAGCCAUUUAGCAAGAAAGAAUUAGACAUAUUGGAAAGGACGUACAAACCAUUUGCUGAGCUUCAUAUUAGCAACGAAAAGUGGGCGCAAUUAAAGGCGUUAGAGCAGCCAUUAAAUGGAAGGAUAGUUGAAUGUGCCAAAGACCAAGAAACAGGGGAAUGGACUUUGCUUCGGUUCAGAGAUGAUAAACUGAAUGGGAACCAUAUAUCGGUUGUGCAAAAGGUGCUAGAAAGUAUUAGUGAUUCUGUGAAAUUAGAAGAGUUAGAGCAGGUAGCUCCUCAGAUUAAAUCCAAUUGGGAACAACGGAAAACUGACAAGAAGCGCAGCUUUUCACAGUCAUCUUCGCUUCCAGCCAAUGCGGAACUAUCGCAGGCCAGGGCAAGUGAACAACCUAAGUAUGUUGAUGAUGGGUGGUCUGAUGAUGAGAAUGAAUAUAUAGAUAACUCGAAAAAAAUGAAGGUAUAA